AUGAUGUUCUGUCGGGUGCCAACAAAAGUGCGUACCGCUCUGCACUGUAUUUCGUACAGACACCAGGAACGACAUGACUACGCUCGAGUCUUGAUCGUGUCCGGCGCUCCGACGCUACCAAAGUCCGCACUGAGGGCAGGCCAGCAUCGGAAGCUCCAUUACCCCAGCAACUCGGUGGCCGUCCACAUGACGCUCGGCUUCGGCGAGACGUUCGUCUACCUCAAUCUCCUGUACUACGUGAGCACCCUCAUGCUUCACCGCGAGUACUUCCCCUUCCUGCCGACCCCGGAGUCGGAGCCACGGGGUCCAGUCGACCAGCCCAUGCUGGGGGCGCCCGCCCCCGAGGGCUGGUGGGACGACAGCUCCCGACUCCUCUUCGGCGCGGCAGAGCACAUCGCCGCCAUUCUACACGAGGCCUCCGAGUGUGGCGUGCAUCUCAUGACGCCCUUUGCCGGGUUCUGCGCAUUCUCAGCCGGCUACCUCAACCUCUACGUGGCGAAAUACCCCCGAAUGAACCUGGGCCGCAGCCCGCGAGCAAGCGACUGUCUCAAAAUGUGUCUCGACUACCUGGAAAAGUUUCGACUUGUCUGGAAAAUCGCCGACGGAUGGGGCGGCACGCGCAAGAUCAAAACGAUACACCAUGCAUCCGUGCUCUACGAGCGAGCAACCGAGGACCGGACACGAUACCAGGGGCGCACACGAGCAGACUUUGAUACUCUACACCAGUCUGUCCACGAGUUCCGUGUCGUGGAUAGAUCCGACGCGCAUACUCGGGAGAUUCGGGGCGCGGAGCGGCCCUCGGCGCAGGCGACUUGGCCGGUUCAAGGGCACGAGCACGAGCACGAGCACGAGCACGAGCUCGACACUAAUACCUUGUUGAACCAGCUUUUCGCGGAAGUCAGCAAUAACCUCGACGAGCAGGGGGCCUGGUCUCAAUGGUGGCCGGCGAUUGAUCAGGUGGAUCUUUAA